GAACCAGUCAAAAUGGUUUGCAAACGUUUAGCGAAAAAUGGCUGUCUGAACUCAGUCCUUGUUUUGCAAGAGUAGAAGAUUACGCUUCGAAACUUUGCAAGAUGGUGGAUGUGGAGCCUCAAGAUGUUGAGAAAAAAAUUAAAGAUUACAGUAAGAGGUCAUGUACAGACAUCAUUUGUCUUGUCUUGUUCCUUAUCGUUGUGAUAGCAAUGGCAGGCUGUUCCAUUAUAGGCUAUGUACAUGGGAACCCUUACAAAUAUCUUCACCCUACAGACUCUGAAGGAAAUAUAUGUGGUCACGGGAAAUUCUCUGAUAGGCCAUAUCUGAUGUAUUUUGACCUUAUUCAAUGUGGUAUGAUGGGUUUGAAGAUUAUUAAAACAGGCUGUCCAACACCACAGGUUUGUGUGAAAGAAUGUGUCAGUACAAAUUACGUUUUUACAGAAACUAUAGCAUAUGAGCUCAGUGCUAGGCGUAGGCUUGUACAGCACAGGAAGAAAAUGGUGUGUAAAUAUCAUAUCAACCCUGUAACAACAAAAAUUGGUAUUAGGCAACUGGUUUUGAAAGAAAAAUGUGCUGCCUACUAUGUGAAGUCAACUCCAGUGGUCGGCAGAUGUAUUCCAUCCAUUUUACUCGAUGUCACUGGUACCAUUAAAAAACUUGUUACAGACGGAAAGGUUGCCAUUACUCGGGCAGAUGGCACAGAAGUAACCUUGGUUGAUCUUGACAAGAGCAGUGGGUUUUUGGCCAAAUACUUCAGCUACAUUCAAAGUGGAUUUGUAGUUUUUAAAGAUCUUGUGCAAUCAUGGAGGUUUCUGGUUGUAGGUACUGUUAUGACAGUGUUACUGGCAAUGAUCUGGAUGGUGCUCAUGCGAUGGCUUUCUGGAGUCAUAAUCUGGUUCAGCAUCCUUGGUGUGUUUGUAGCUGGUGGUGUUGGUACAUAUUAUUCAUUUACAAAGUACAUGAAACUAAAGGAUGUGGAUGUUACUGUAGCCCAUGGAAUAUCGGAGAGUUUCUCUAGUAACUGGGAUUUUGUUAUAUCAUCAAAGGACACUUGGCUAGCAUUUGGCAUUAUUUUGAUCUUGAUAAUGGUUAUCUUGUUGCUGAUUCUAUUGUGUACAUGCUCUAAGAUUCGGAUGGCAAUUGCACUCAUCAAAGAAUGCAGCAGAGCUAUGGGGCACAUGUUCUCUGUAUUGUUCUGGCCAUUGAUUCCAUUUGCAAUGUUGAUAGCAUUUUGUGCUUACUGGCUUGCAAGUAUGGUCUUUAUUAGUUCAAUGAGCAGAUCUGAGUUCUACAGUACCACCAACAAAACAAACGACGGUGUCAACUAUAUGUUGGACAGAAUACCAUGCAAACCAAAUGACCUCUCUGAAGAAAAUAAUAUUUGUGAAUUUGUUAAAUAUGGAGGAACAGAGUAUGUGACGUACAUGCAAGUGUUCAUGUGUGUCAUGUUGUUCUGGAUCAUCAACUUUAUUAUUGCUCUGAAUGAAGUGGUUGUGUCAGGGUCUUUUUCCUCCUACUACUGGGCAUUUCACAAGCCUAAAGAUAUACCAAACUUUCCUGUUGCAGCAUCCUGUUGGCGUGCAUUUCGGUACCAUGUGGGAUCAAUUGCAUUUGGCUCAUUGAUUAUUACAAUUGUUCAGGUCAUUCGAGUUAUUCUCGAAACAAUUGAAAAUAGAGUGAAGGGUGCAGAAAAUGCAGCUGCAAAAUUUGUUUUGAAAUGUUUCACAUGGUGUUUUUGGUGCUUAGAGAAAUUUCUGAAGCAAUUGUCCAGUACUGCAUAUGUUAUGAUGGCAAUGCAUGGAACAAACUUUUGUGUAUCUGCAAAAAAUGGCUUAAAACUUCGUAUAAAUAAUGUUGUUGGUUCUAUUGUGGUGGAAAGCACAUCCAGCUUCAUGAUCUUUAUAUGCAAAUUUUUACUGACUGUUACUGUGUUUUUUGUUUCGUCAGCGUGGUUUCAAGGAGAUAUUCCGAUAUUGAAAAGAGACAUUCCAGAUCUCAACAGCUACUUUAGCCCAGUCAUAUGUUUGACGAUUACUUCAUUCAUUAUAGUAUCCAUUUUCUUGAACAUAUAUAACAUGGGAGUGAGCACGCUCUUUUUGUGUUUCUUGAGGGAUCAGGAGAUAAAUGAUGGAAGUGAAGCUAAACCAUACUACAUGACUAAGUCACUCGAGGAGCAUUUUUGUUAAGACUUAAUACACAUUUUACCCACAUGGUUGAAAAUAAUUUGCAUAUUAUUGAAUAGAUGUCUGAACAGGUUGUAAUAAAACAAAUUUUAUUCCAAACAGUCAAGUGUCAGAAACAAAUAAUGCAAAAUUAGCAUCACCGAGGUAUUGGACUACCUGAUAUCAAUUAUUUGAGUUGCAUCAGUAGUCUUUGAGUACAGUUCCUGACAAUUUUCACGAAUAAAACAUAUGUCAUGAUAAA